CCCAUUUGCCGUCGCCCGAUUCACAAUGCCUUCCAUCGCCGACCGCAGCGUCGAACUCGAAUCCAACGCCGUCGGAUCUGCCGGAGUUUCUACUCCUCCGAAACGGAGGCUGAGAUCCAAUUCGUCGCCGAUGAAGCUGAGUCCGGUGAAAUGCAUGCGCGUCGGAAUUUCUUCCGUCGCGAAAUUACGCAGCGUUGUGGUCGAAUCGGAGAGGAGCGUGGAGGAGGUAGUCGGAUCCGGCGGUGAUUUGACUCCUCAGAAGCGGAAGUUGAGGUCCGAUUCGUCGUCGCCGAUGAAGCCGAGACCGGUCUCGUCGCCGAUGAAGUGUAAAUCGGCUCGCCGGAACCUCAGUGCUUGCAGCAGCACUCCUGCAAAUGGAAUUGAGAAGUAUUUCAGUCAGAAAAAGCCUCAAGCCUUUUGCAAACCACCGGUUGUUGCUAAGCCGAAUUGGAAUCCCAGAGAUAAGGAGCAGAUGAGGAUAGUGAAGGAGGCAUUGCACUUGUCUACGGUUCCCUCUAUAGUUGCGUGCCGCGACGUGGAGCUGAAGAGGGUUUUGGAGUUCUGCAAGUCAUGCAUAGAGCAAGAGAAGGCCGAGAGUUUAUAUGUAUGCGGGUGUCCUGGGACCGGAAAGUCCUUGUCCAUGGAGAAAGUGAAACAGCUUUUGGUGAAUUGGGCAGGAAAGGGUGGAUUUCAGGAACCGGAUGUGUUGGAAUUGAACUGUACAUCGCUAACAAAAACUUCUGAUAUUUUCACCAAGAUACUUGGUAAAUACCAACCUCAAAAGAAAGCUAAUGGCACUACCUCUCUGCAACUUCUUCAGAAAUUAUAUUCUCAAAAGCCUCAGUCAGAUGGGACUAAGAUGAUAUGAACUCAUAAUGCUUCUUUCCUCGUCUUAACAAUUUUGAUGUGACCAAGAGAGUGAAUCUAAGUGGUUCCUGUUUUAUUAGGUUGAUAAUAGUUGAUGAGUUGGAUUACUUAAU